AUUGCCAACACUGCUGAUAACGGAAUGUGUGCUGGUUUACAUGACUCCGGAGCAGUCGGCCAACCUUCUCAAGUGGGCAGCUAACAGUUUUGAGACAGCUAUGUUCAUAAACUACGAACAGGUGAACAUGGACGACCGGUUCGGACAGAUCAUGAUCGAAAACCUGCGGAGGCGACAGUGUGACCUGGCGGGAGUGGAGACCUGCAAGUCGUUAGAGUCACAGACCCAUCGCAUUCUUUCAGAUAGCUGCAUAUCCUCCAGUUGUGUGAUCAUCAUGUUCAUUUUCAUUUGCAUAAAUUCAUACUCUGUUUUUUAUUCUCUCCCCAGAAUAGAGUCACUUGAAUUCCUGGAUGAAAUGGAGCUGCUUGAACAGCUCAUGAAACAUUACUGCCUUUGUUGGGCAAGCAAAGGAGGAAGUGAACUAGGUUUGAAGGAAAUCACUUACUAAUCUAUUGGAAGCCCAGGCCGAGCUGGGAGCUGCUGCCACCAACCUUCCCAGAGUGGACUGGCCACGUUUCCUGGGCGGUGGCCAGCCCUGGGCUCGUCCCACACCCUGACAGACCUCACUUCCCAGGGCUGUCGCACCACCUGCUGUGCCCGUUGGCUUACCGUUUAAAUAAAUCUCUGUUGCCAGUUG